AUGCUGCCAGCAUGGCAUUCCACGCUGUCAGGUCUCGUCCAGGCAUUUGAUGAAGGAUGCCCUGUCAUGCAGAAGCUCCGCCAGGUUCUCGUCGAGCACGCCUUGAAGAACGUCGGGGACGAGAAGGAGACGAGCUCCUCGGUGUUGCACAAGAUCGGGCUGUUCGAGGAGGAGCUCAAGGCGGCGUUGAGUGUCGAGGUCCUGGCGGCCAGGGAGGCGUACGAGAGCGGUAACGCGGUGCUGCCAAACCGGAUCUUCGACUGUGCCUCGGCGCCGCUGUAUGAGUUUGUGAGGAAAGGUGCCGGGACUGCGCUGCUCAUGGGGACCAAGAGUGGAACGCCCGGCGAGGACUUUACCAAAGUCUACGAUGCCAUCUGCCAGGGCAAGCUUGUUGCUUCCUUGUUGAAUUGUCUCGAUCGCUAG